AUGCCGAUAGGGAUUUCAAGCGAGACCACAGUUCUCCCAGGAUAUGGAACAGUGACGAAUGGAUGGAACCUGUUCGAGCUCCUGCUGCAGAUCGAGAAAAUUGAGCAGAACCGUAUUCAAGAACAACAAGCUUCAGCGAAGAUAUAUGCAAGUAAUGAGCGUUGGUGUGGCGCAGACCGUUGGAGGUCUGCUGUAACCAUACGGUCGAUGAUGGUCGAGCCACCCUUCAGGUAUUUAGCUGUGGUAGGAUGGUCGUCCGAUCCUAAUGCUGUGAAGAAGGCGAUAUUGCCGAAACCUCCUCGUUCCUCGCCGGUCCAUGUUCAAAUAGAAACAGACACAUCGAAGUCUUUUCAUCUUGGCCCCUAUGAUCGUACCCGAUUCGACCUGAUCGAGCAAUUUCACCCACUACAAACAGCAGCGUUGGCUACAGGAGAACAGUUGAAACGCCGAGCAGAGGGAGUAAAGUCAGUACAACCUCAACCCACUGAAGAGAGUGAGGCCGAUUCACCGCUACAUGAUGGCAGCACUGACCACGCCACACAAACAUCAGGUCUUCUUCGACUUGUUUUUGGUGAAUGGAGUGCCUGGAGCGAAUGGACACCAUGUAUGGCUGGUGAACGAAGCCGUGUUCGUGCUUGUAGCUCUAGAAGACCAGCGCUUCGAGUAAUCUGCCACGGAGAUGCCAAGGAGGUCCAAAAAUGUUUCUCUACAUUUGACGCACAAAUACCCGUCGCAAAAGAUCCAUGGACUAUCGAACGUGAAAUUAGUGGAGAUUUCAAAGCAUAG